AUGUAUGAAAUCCGAAGAGAACUGAUCGUCGAGACCAUGGCGCUGGAGUCCUGGGGAUGGCUUCCGCAGGCAGAGAAUGUCGGUGAUACGCCUCUAGGGAUCGCCCCCGCCAGCAUGGAACGUGCGGCGAUCUGUCCUACAGAUUUGGAUCCAACGGAUACGCUCAGCGUUGCGGAGAUGUGA